AUAAAGGAAAUACAAAAAAUAAUAAUAACAGCACUCAGAACAGUGAGAUCGAAUAUUCAUUCAUGAUCGCUACCCACCUCAUCUCCCUCUCUUCCAUUAGCCCUUCAACUCCGCGGCUCCUUUUUUGCCCUUUUUAGGGUUUUCCAUCGGGUGAGCCCGGCGGAGGCGGUGAUGCUAUCGCUUGCUCUCUUCAUUUUUCUUUCAGUUUUAUUGGCUGCGAUUUGCUUGCUUCUGACUGCACCUUUUCGGCGCGCUUCUGGACUACUGAACUUCCUUAGUCCGCACCCAUGGCGGCUCUCCUCAACUUUCCUGGUGAUGAUGAAAUCCGGCUUAGGGGGCUGCUUUGCUCAAAUUUCAUGGAUUCGAGCCUUUUCAUAUCACUUGCACCGACCAUGGAUGCCUGUUAUUCUUCUCGGAAGAAGAGGCGGUUCACGGCACCUUCCAUCAUAAGAGGAGAAGUGAUGAUGACUGCUCCUCUCUUAAUGAAGCAGCUGACCAGCUGCACCAUUGACAUUCUCCCGGAUGAAUCUCUUUUUGAGAUCUUCAGAAGGCUUCCAAGAAGCCAGGAAAGGAGCAUUGCUUCAUGUGUAUCCAAACGAUGGCUCAUGCUACUAAGCAGCAUCCAACCUUCAGAAGACAUGGAUAUGCUGCAAAAAGAAAGAAACUCAUUGAGCUCCUCUAGAUUACAUCUUCCCGAUCUCAACUAUCCUGAUCCAUCAGUACCAGGGAAAAACUUUAGUGUCGAGAGUGAUGGAUAUUUAACCAGGUGCUUGGAGGCAGAGGAAGCAACUGAUGUUAGACUCGCUGCAAUUGCAGUUGGUAAUGCUGGUCGCGGUGGUCUUGGCAAGCUGAAGAUUAGAGGAGGUAAUUCAACCUGCGAGGCUACUGAUGUUGGGCUGUCUGCCAUCGGACAUGGUUGUCCUUUACUACGUGCUUUAUCAAUCUGGAAGAUUCCUUUGAUUACUGAUGCAGGGCUUGCUGCCAUUGCUGAUGGAUGCCCCUUGCUGGAGAACCUUGAUCUUUACCAAUGUCCCUUGAUUACUGACAAGGGAUUAAAAGUUAUUGCACAGAAGUGUCCAAAUUUGACAUCUCUGACGAUAGAUUCCUGCUCAGGCAUUGGCAAUGAUGGUCUCCAAGCAGUUGGCCAUGGUUGUUCGAAGUUGUUUUCUGUUUCAAUCAAAGAUUGUCCGCUUGUGGGUGAUAAAGGAGUCUCUAGCUUGGUGUCUUAUGCCUCUUCAUCCAUAAGGAAGAUAAAACUUCAGAAUGUGAAUAUCAGCGACGUUUCACUAGCUGUCAUUGGGCAUUAUGGAAAAGCUGUCACCAACAUAUCUCUUAUUUUCCUGCAGAAUGUAAGUGAGAGGGGCUUCUGGGUUAUGGGGAAUGCCUUUAACAUGGUGAACUUAACUUCCUGCACAAUCUCCUGCUGUCCUGGAAUUACAGAUCGGGGCUUAGAAGCUAUUGCCAAGGGUUGCCCGAAUCUAAAGCUUCUGAGCAUCAAAAGGUCCAGUUACCUUUCUGAUGCGGGGCUUAAAUCUUUUACUGGCUAUGCAAAAAUGCUUGAAAGACUGCAACUAGAGGAAUGUAAUGGGAUUACACUUGUAGGUGUUUUGGAAGGCCUUCUAAACUGUUAUGCAAAGUUGAAGAGUCUAGCGUUAAUAAAGUGCUUGGGAAUCAAAGACAUUACUUGCCAUCCGGAUGAGCUUCCUUCAUGCAUGUCACUAAAUUCUCUGACGAUUAGUGAUUGUCCUGGUUUUACCAGCUUCAGCUUGCCUUUGGUUGGGAAGAUCUGCCCCAACUUGCAACAAAUUGACUUGAGUGGUCUUCUUGGUGUGACAGAUUUUGGGCUUCUUCCACUGUUAGAGAACUCUGAAUCUGAACUGGUCAAGGUGAACCUUGAAGGCUGUGUUAGUGUGUCUGAUGCAAGCAUUUCUGCUCUGGUUAAAGUACAUGGAACUUCCCUGAAGUUUCUUAAUCUUUAUGGGUGCAAGGCGAUCACUGACAAAAGCCUUUUUUCUAUCUCAGCAUACUGCUCAGUCCUGAAUGAUCUUGAUGUUUCCUGGUGUAGCAUCAGUGACUUUGGGGUUGCUGCAAUUGCUUCUGCUGAGCAGCUAAACCUGCAGACUCUUUCACUUGCUGGUUGCACUGGAAUUACAAAGAAGAGCCUCUCAUUUUUGGAAAAAAUGAAAGAAUCCUUGAAGUGGUUAAAUCUUCAACAGUGCAAGCUGAUUAACUCUCGUGUGGUUGGAUCUCUAGAGGAGAAGCUUUGGUGGUGUGACAUCCUUUCCUAGUUCUGAUUGGGGAUUGGUGUCUUUCUAAUUCAGCUCAAACAAAAAAACAAAAAAGGAGAGAGAAAACAUGGUUCAGUAGUCUUAGUAGGUUAUCUUCUACGGCCUUUUUUUUAUUUUUUUUAUUUUUGGCUCGUUGCAGUCAUCAACGAACUUCCCUAUCUUCAACAUACUUUUCUACCAGGAUAAGGAGAGCUUUCUGGGGAGUGUUGCAAUUCCCUUAUUUUCGCAGAAUCUUUCCCCAAGGGAGAGUUCUGUUUCUUGGGGGGUUUGGCGGACAUCAAUUGGUGUGUUUUCCCUUGCUUUUCUUUGGUUCCUGAGAUUGCAGUUGAUUAUUCCUGGUCCUUUUUCAUAGUAGUUCGUCAUUACUUCCAUGUUUGGUAUAUUUUUAUGCUCAUGUAUUGUUUCUAGUGGGGGUUUUCAUAUAUAGGAUCCCUCGUUAUGCAGUGCAUGAGUUGUAACCUCUUGGCCGCUCUAUUGUUUUAGCCACGUCCUCGUAUUUGACCUUGCUGGCUGGUCAUCGCUCAUCUUCUGGGUCAGUUUUUUAGUAUUAUUCCAGCUUUAGGUGCAACGCAGUUAUUCUUAGUGCUGCGUUGUUUCAUUGGCUUGAUUAGCUGUGUGUGUUUGGUCGCAUGUGUGCAGUUCCCUUUAGAAGCCUAGUUUUCUUGGGGUAUUGGUAACGGCUGCUGAUUCUAUUAGCUCGCCCUAACUGCUCUCUUUGGGCUGUUUUUUUAAACCAAACCCUUUUUUCACAGGCAUUUGCUAUCGGACUGUAAGAUGCUUUCUUCCUGUAAAAUUCGCAUGAAUAAAGAUGUUGCUGUUGUCGUCCUGUGAUUUCUAUAAUAAUCAAUUUUUUAGUUUGUGAUUCUGUUUUA